AUGUCUCCGAGGCAUCAAGCGUCUGUUCAGAAGCGCAAAGCGGUCGUCAUUUCUUGCGAGUUCGGUAUUGCGGAGAGUCGGCGAAACGAGCCUUUGGCCAUCUGCGUCGUUGACUGCCUCACCGGCGACACGCUGGUCUCUUCGCUCGUUGCCGUCACGCAGCCAAUGUUCAACUGGCGCAAGGAUAUCCAUGGCAUUGGCUUGCAACAAAUGACGGCCGCAAUCAAAAGCAGUCAAGCACUUAUGGGGUGGCGAGCCGCACGAGAUAAAUUGUUCGAGUACAUCGACGAGGAGACGGUUUUGGUCGGAUAUGGCAUUCGGCUUCCUUUGGAGCUCUUCAGGCUUUACCACACGAAGGUUGUCGAUGCUCAAGUUCUCGUCACGGCUGCUGUAUUCCCAGACGGCGUGCCCCUUCUGGAGAAAGGAAGAUAUAAAUCGCGGCUGCCCCAUGUUUGCAGUGAAUUUAUUGGGAUCACUCUCCGACAGGGCCUUCAUUGGGAGGCUGGGAUUCACGAUCGGCUGGAAAAUGCGCUGGCAGCUAGGGAGAUUGCUCUGCAGUGUAUACAAAGACCUGCGGAAUUGGAAGCUUGGGCGCAGCGCAAGAGAAGCGAGUUUUGGGCA